AUGUCUGGCGCUGCUGAAUACUUCGAUGAGCUGGAACGGGACAAGGAAGGCGCUUGGUUGACGCAAACACCCGAAGUCUUGAACGAAGAAGCAAAUAAACGAACAAUGUCUGGAAUGUUUGGAGGAGGAGGAACAAAUCCGUAUGACGAGAUCGUUUCCAAAACGACAGACGAGAACCUCACAACCGAGAACUGGGAACUUAUACUUAAUUUCUGUGAUAAAGUACAAGAAGAAGGUUCAGAUGGCGCCCGCCUCGCUGUGGCUUCACUUCUCAAACGUCUCUCUCACCGGAAUCCCAACGUCCAACUAUACACGCUGUCCCUCACUGACGCGCUUUCUAAGAACGUCGGGCUCACCGUUAAUCGCGAGAUUGCCUCAAGAGCAUUUACAGGGGGAUUGGAGAAGUUGGUGGGUGAUAGAAAUACGCACGAGAAGGUGAAGAAGAGGGUGUUGGCGUUGAUCAAAGAGUGGACAGAGGAAUGGGAAGAUCAAGAGGAACUGGGUAUCAUGGAAGAGUGUUAUGAGGGGUUGAGGAAAAAGAACUACAAAUUUGACUCGAUAGACGAACUUCCCCCACCAGCCGUCGAUGACGAGAUCCGCAGACGUGAAGAAGAAGAACUUCAACGUGUGCUGGAGAUGUCGAUGCAAGAUCGUGGAGGGUACAACGGUAAUAGCACUUACUCAUCGUCGUCGUGGUCUCAGCCGAGUGGUGCUGGGUCGUCGAGCUCAUCGACAAAUGCGUACGGUUUAACGGCGACGAAUUCAACGUCUACUCCUGCCGGUGCCGGUUCUGCUACUGGUCCUGGAGCGGUGUCGCACAAUGGCUACGUACCGUCGACUAAUCCAUCUGCGGUAUCAUCCUAUGCUCGUUCCACAUCACCAAAAGUUGCCACUCCCGCCAUUACCUCCGGAAUUGGCACUAUGUCAAUGGGUUCAACCACCUCUCUGAACUCGUCAACUAGCUCCACCAAACGGAAACACCUCUCCAACCGUGUCCGUGCCUUGCACGCAUUCACGCCCACCGAGCCUGGUGAACUCGCUUUCUCCGCAGGUGACAUAAUCACUGUCGUCGAUCGUGGAUAUAAAGAUUGGUGGCGCGGUCAAUUACGCGGCCGCACAGGAAUUUUCCCGGUGAAUUAUGUUGAGGUUCUCCCGCCGCCAGAUGAAGAGGAAUUGAAGAGGGAAAUGCAACAGGAGGCGGCCGUGUUUAGUGAGGCGACGAAUGUAGAGAGAUUGUUGGAGCUGUUGAGAGAUAUGGAUAGGGAACAGCAGGAGUACCUGCAAAGUCAAACUCAAUCUACCAAUACAUCUGCUCCUGCUCCUCCUCCCCCAAGUCGUCUAGCGGAUAACGAUGAACUCCAAGAGUUGUACCGAUCCUGUAUGGCGCUUCGUCCCAAAAUCGUCAAGUUGAUAGAGAAGUAUAGUCAGAAGAGAGCGGAUUUGGUAUCGAUGAAUGAGACGUUUGUCAGGGCACGAACAAUAUUUGAGAGGUUGAUGGAGGAGAGUUUGGCUGGGUACGGGGCAGCAGGAGGGUAUUCGAAUGCAUACGGCGCGCCGGGUUAUACAGGUAAUCCUGCUGGAUAUCCUGUGGUGUCUCCAUCGUACAGUGGGCCAGUGCAGCCAGGAUACUUCCCUACACCGACGCCUGUGCCUGCCGGUGGAACUGCUGGAUAUCCGACUGGCACUUAUCCGCAACAGCCGUAUCCUGGUGGAACAGUUGUACAAGGUCCCGCUCAACGACCAGUACAAGGUUUGGUACAGUCACCAGCCCUUGGUACGCCUACGUCUCUCGGAUUACCCGGACAAGGAGAUCAGCCUAUAACUGCAUACGAAGCGGUACAUGGACAAUCAGGACAUCCGCAGUCAGCAUACGAAGCAAUGUAUGGCGCACAGCGAGCUGCAACCCAGAAUCAGCAGGCUACGCAGGGCGGUCUUCAACAGGAGAGACAUCAGAUCCAAGGACCCGUGCAGCUACAGCAACAGCAGCAGGUGUAUGGUAAACAAUCGGGUCAGGCUGAUCAGGCUGGUCAGAUGCCGAGACAACAGCAGCAGCAAUCCAGUCCUCAGCAACAACACCCGAUGCAACAACCUCAGCUUCAGCCCCAAAAUCAAACUCAUUCUCAUUCUCAGUCCACACAGUCUCAGUCCUCGUCUCGUUCUCAAGCAACGUCAUCUGAAUCUUCAUCUCAACCAUCCCAAUCAGCGCCACCAUACAUAUAUUCUCCAACCACCACGUAUACCGACCCCAAUGUCCAAGCCUGGGCGCAGUACUAUGCUCAAGGAGGGACGGAUCCGACCGGGGCAGUUUAUUUCAUUAGUGUUCCGGGGAUAAAGGAGGGUCAAGAGGUCCAAGCAGAGACUCAGGAGGUAUUACACACAGAGCAGGGAAGAGGUGGCUCGAGUCAGGGUCAAGGACAGUCUGCAACAAGAAUUGCUACACAGUAUUCUCAGGUUUCCCAAUCUUCCAUCGAUAAUUCUCACCCUCACGCUUCGGCAGCUCAGAAUCAGACUCAAGGGCAAGUUCAGCAAGGGUACGGGAACAGUCCGUACGGUGCUAGUCCUUACAAUGUCGGUUCUAUCGUCGGUGGAUCAGCAAGUACGGGAAGUCUUCCAUAUCCUGGUCCUGCUUCUGAUUCUGGACACCCAAAUCAGCAACCGACUGGACAGCCUAGUCGGUCCUCAACUGUCAACAGUACUAUGAGUCUCGGAAGUACGGCUACUGCCGGGAGUUUCCCGAAUCCAUAUUCUGAAGACGUUGAGAACACUGAUGGUCCAAAACGGAGUUCGAGUUUACCUUAUCCUGGAGAGACACAGAUGCCUUAUACUGAGGAUUCGAGUCCGAGCGGAUUGAAUAACCUGACUUCGCCUCAUUCGCCUCAUUCUCCACAUACAUUUCAGAGUACGUGGCAGGGUCACCCGGAUCAACACUCACAGCAGUAUCAGCAACUGCAGAACCAGCAGCAGCAGACUUCGUUGUACCGUGGUGUCACACUCACAGACGGACCAUCUCCUUCGAUGAACAUCGCUCCUCCAACGGUGAAUAAUAAUUUGUCUUCGUUCUCCUCUGCAUCUACUCCGUCAGCGCCGUCGACGUUCCCACCACAAUCUUCCUCUCCCCCUCCACCAAACUCCCAACCGAACGCUCAACCGAUACCUUUGUCGCCUAACUCUCCACAAGGCCCACAACCCGCAAAUGUUCCUCAGAUAUCAAACUCUACUCCGUCCUGGGUACUCCCGAAGAUGGGACCCUCGCCUGCUGCGGGGGUGUUUAGAGCAUGAAUGCCUCGAGUUUGAAGGAGGGGUCAGGGAGAUGAUGAAUGAAGUGUGAAGGAGGACAUAAUCAAAUGCAAGUUCGACAAGCAUACAUGUGGUAAGGGAUUUAGUGAAGAUGCUGGGAGGAAUUGAUCAAGAACUGAAGUCGUUGGGUCAGUAGUUGGGGGUGGUAGGAGGAUCUAUCGGAGGAGUGAGCGCAAUUGUUGGAGCUUCUGGAGGAUGACAGUUUUAAAACGAAAUGGAGAGGGAAAUGGUGGUAUGUCGGUGAUUGACGUUUUACCGCUUUGGGAGGUCGGAUACCCCCUCUUUCAUACUUCUUCGAGUGCUUUCUUCUUACUUGGCUUAUAUAACUUGGCCCAUUAACAUUGUUCUCCGUAUUUCAGCUUCCUCUAUCGUAGCGUUUUCAUACUCUCCUGGGAAAGGAUUCUGGACUUUUCCCUCUCUCACUUAUCUUGUUCCCAUACAUAUGCGUAUA